AUGGAUGUGAUCAAGGCCAGCCCGACCGACAAGAUUCCCUACCUCACGACGAGCGGAGCUGGGGCGAACCUCCGGGCCGAGGCGAGGACGGGGAGCGAGGCGUCGACCCUGCAGGGCAAGAGGAGCACUUUAGGAACGUCCCUCGCGGUCCUCCCGGAUGGGAAAGGAUGGGACGUCGUGCAGAAAAUCAGGCAAGUUCACGACCGGCAGGUGGACAAGUGGCCUCCCCACCUCAUCCUCCUCCGCCCCUUCGUGCGCGGCGAAGACUUCGCCGUCGCGUCCUCGCUCCUCCUGGAGGCGCUGGAGGGAACGGAGCCCUUCGAGCUGAGGAUGGAGCUGACAGUGAAGGUCUACCACAACCGCAGCGCCUCCGUCUGGCUCGUCCCCGUCGGGGAGUCCCGGGACUGUGUGCUGGAGCUGCAGGCACAGGCGGCGGAGAUCUUCCCGCAGUGCGUGAGGAGGGGGUCGAAGCUGUUCGACUACACCCCCCACCUGACCCUCGGGCAGUUCCCCAGCGAGUCAGCAGCUCGGGUGUUCGUGGCCCUCGUGCAGGAC